UCACGGGAAGCACGUGAGCAAACUCACAUGCGAUUUCUUGCAAACAUCCAUUUUUCCCAGAAUAAGCCUCGGUGACUCGGAAGGCGUUGGAGGAGCCGGAGGUAUAGCUUGACCUCUGUUGUCACCGGAAAACCCAGAAGUAAAAGAAAAAGACCCAUUUUCAUAGCAACCUUGGAAUCUCUACUUGUGAAUAACUAUUUCCCCAUUUUUCGCCCCUUUCAGAGAAAAAUAUUUUUUCAGAUUCAUUGGGAAAAUCUGAGCAGAAAGAAAUAGUCUUUUUUCAUAAUAAAGAAGGAUGAGAACAGGAAAGGGUAAUCAGGAGGACGAGGAGUACGAGGAAGAAGAGUUCAGCUCCAAGAAAGAUGGCACUUCUUCCACUGCCAACAACAAAGAUGCUAAGAACGAUGAUAAGGCUAAUGCAAUGCGAUCUAAACACUCUGUCACAGAGCAGCGGAGGAGAAGCAAAAUCAACGAGAGAUUCCAGAUAUUGAGAGAUCUCAUACCCCAUAGUGAUCAAAAGAGAGAUACGGCAUCAUUCCUAUUAGAGGUGAUUGAUUAUGUUCAUUAUUUACAAGAGAAGGUACAAAAGUAUGAGGGUUCUUACCAGGGAUGGAGUUCCGAGCCCACAAAGUUGAUGCCAUGGAGAAAUAGUCACUGGCGUGUUCAGAGUUUAGUUGGUCACCCUCAAACCAUAAAGAAUGGUUCUGGUAUGGGGUCAGCGUUUCCUGGGAAGUUGGAUGAGAAUAAUGUCUCUCUAACCCCAACCACGCUUACAAGCAUACAGAAACCUGUAGAAUCUGAUCCUAGCAGGGAUAUCACCUGCAAAUCGAUGGAUCAGCAACCUGAGUUAAGAAACAAGGGAUUACCUCUGCCCAUGCCUGUUUCUGUCAGAGGUGAUGGCGUGCAAGCCCAUGCUCUUCAGGGACCGGUUUCUGAUGCUCAAUCAACCGAGUGUCCCAUGACCCGUGAAGCACUGAGCCAACAGGAGGAGCUGGUAAUUAAAGGGGGAACAAUUAGCAUCUCAAGUGUUUACUCUCAAGGGUUGUUGAACACUUUGACACAAGCACUGCAGAGUGCGGGGGUGGAUCUGUCACAGGCCAACGUUGCAGUGCAGAUUGAUCUUGGGAAGCGCGCAGACAGAGGCACGAUUUCUGGAACAUCCAUUUCUAAGGAUCAUGAGAAUACCCCUUCUAGCCAUCAAGCGAUGACACAUCUAAGAGAUGCAGGCAGCAGAGAGGAGUCAGAUCAAGCUCAAAAGCGGCUAAAAACAUAGAACUAGUGCGGCACUUCAUGAGUCUCCAUUUUCAUUGUUUACAAGCUACUUUGUCGUCUCCUGGUUAUUAUUGUACAUGCUUGUACGUGUCUUUAGUUUUCUUAGGUUUCAACACUAUUUCAUGGGACCGAUGUCCAGAACCGUUAAAAUUAUAAAUUUCUUCUUGAGUUCCUUCUAUGAAUCUGUUCGAGUGACCAUUGCUUGUAUUCUGAUUGUAGCAUAUCUAAUCUCAAAUGUAUGAAAUGGAGCCUCCUGCUGGUGGCCAGCCAAUUUCCCGGUA